AUGUCUUUCCUAUCUGUAUCUGGGAAAAUUUCUUUCGCUGGAGCGUUCUUUCUGUUUUUCGCUAUUUCUUCCCUUGCCAUUAUUUUUGUUUUCACAAUAGUACCUGAAACCAAAGGGAAGUCUUUGGAGCAGAUAGAGAUGAUGUUUCAAAAUGAAAAUGAGAGUCGAGUAAAAGAAAUGGAGCUAGAAGAUGUUGAACAGCUUGUGCAGAACAAAACAGGGUUAACAAAUUAG